CCCCUGAGCGUCCCCCCACAGGAUCCCCCCACACCUCCGUCACCCUCACCACCACCAGCCAGAGGUCCUCGCUGCCGCCGUCGCUUCUCCCGGGCCGGGCAAGUCUUCCCCCUGGUCGCUCUCCGCUUCUGCAGUCCGCCCCUCACCACGCACCUCCCUUGAUUCUUCAGCUCCUGUCCGCCCCAGCGGCCCUCAAGACCGGCUUGCCUGACUCUAGGAACACACUGCCAACAUGGUGAGGAUGAUCGGGGCGAUGCCUGCCGUGGCGGUGCGGCAGCAGAGAAAGCACGUGAAGCAUGAGGAAAUUAAAAACCGCCCCAGCACCUUAACUAUAGAACCCAACGCCAGCUACCCAGCUAAGUCCUCCACAACAGUCGCCAAGAUCAAGGUGAAACCCCCCGGGGGAAGGAGGGGCCUACCAACCCCACUGAGAAGUCCCCGGGCCUCACCUAGAACCUCCCCACAAGCAUCCCCAGCCGCCUCCCCUAAGCAAUCCCCAGUCACCUCCCCCAGGACGCAGCAGAAGCAGAUCGGGACGCAGGGGUGCGCCCACAGGUGUGUCCACGGCUACCUGUGUGGGCGGGUGUCGCUGCUACACGUGUCGGUGGUGUGUGUCUUGCUGGGCAUCACGCUGCUGGUGGUGGGCCUCGUGCAGCUGGCACCCGGAGCUGCGACCGUGACUGACCUGGGGUUCCCUGCAGGCUCGGAGGUCAACAAGUACGCCAUCAUCGCCGCUGGCACGGGGUUCUUGGGUCUCGGGUUCCUCCUACUCAUCAUCCUGUGUGCCUGCCAGAAAAACACACACAGGCGGCGACGUCCCCCUCCACAUCUUGUUCAGUCGUGGGGGCCGAAAAAAGGCAAACGGAAAUCCGGUAAUGUUUACGCCAUGGACUGUGUAACGUCUGUGAGCUUAGCGCAGGCACAUCCGAAUCACAAAGGCAAGAGCGGUAGCGGCCGGAGCAGCAAAGGUCACCACUCCAAAGGUCACAGUAGACAGAUGCAGGUACACACAGUAGAGGGUGCUGUGGCUACAGAUGGCAGCGGUGGGUCGCAGCAGCAGGAGCAAGAUGGUGGCGAAACACAGCUCGGCGUCACCGAAAAGGAUAUCAGCUUGGAAGGCUUCGUUAAGAGUCCCUCAGAGAGCGACGCCCUUAUCCAGUCCUGUUCCACACGGCCACAGUGAAGACAAGAGACUGUUUCUGUGGACAGAGAAAGAUAAGGAGAAGCUUUCUGUGUUCUUUGAAAACAAGAGAACGUUAUUGUGGGCAUCUAAAGUAGGUACUCAUUAUGUGCAGCCAGGUCGUGAUGUGUACACAUUAUAUCAACACUCGGAGUCCCAGGACUGUGAAUGGCAAAUAACGUGUACCAUUAGAAAGCUCUCAGCAAGGUUGAAACUUACACACACACAUAUAUAUAUAUAUAUAAUGCUAAGAUAACUUGAAGCUUUUUAUAUGUGAUUUGAUAUAUUGUGAGUUUUACGGAAACCUAAUUUGGCUUAGGAAGGAACAAAGUGGAUAAAAGAAGCUAUUUAGGCUAAGGAAUGUCUUUUGAUACGAGUUUUGAUCAUUUUUGUAUUAUGGCAAAAAAGGGAAGUGACGUAACUAAGUAGUUAGGUGAGCAGCUGCAGGUUGUGGUGAGCAGUACAUGACGGGGACGAGUCCACUAAUAUGAAUAAAAAAUUUUUUUUAAUGUUUCAUCCCCCCCUCCACCCCCCCAAAAAAAAUCAGACCAUGAACGUCAAGCGGAAUUAUUUUAUAAGUAAAAAAAAUCGUCGUAAACAUGGUCAAAUAAAACCAAAUUAGAAGACAAACGCUUGACAAAUUAAUUUAAAAUCCUGAACACUCAAUUAACGUACAGUAGUCCAGUUUACAACAAUGGAUUAAUUUAUAAAGUAAAUCCCAAUUUAAUAAAAAUUUUGAGAUGUAGGCGUUUAUCAGUAGUAUAGAAACAAGACUUGGGCGUCCUCCGUCAUGUAAUGCAUCUGAUGUUUAGUCAUUUUUAUGUACAAUGAUUUUUCAAACUGAUCUAUCGUAAAAUAUUAAAAUGAUGAGGAAUGUAGGCAUGAAAAUCGCGCUGCUGCUGUCGACAGUGGGUGGCUCAAGACGACCACAAUGCAUGACUGGUGACGCAAAAUAACAACAAAAAUUGUCAAGUAUAUGAGCAUGCUUCUACCUCCGCGAUUCUUCCUUUUUAUUACUUGAAGUCGUUGUCAGCGUGGCCGAGGAGUUGUACGAGCAGGACGCCUCUUACACCACCAAUACUCAUGGACAGUGUCUGGGAAUUUGGUACAGCAGGUUGAAGUCGAUUCGUUGUGACCCUGAGCAACGUGAGGUAGGCUACGCAAUGAGUCGAGUACUGUACUUUCUUGGAGUGUUGUCCGCCACGGUUAACACUCUUGUUUUUAAAUCAGUGCUUUAACUGCCCCACUGUUGACCACCAUGUACUGAGUCUUUGUGUCUUCAAGGGAUAACAUUUAAAGACCUAAGGACUGACCGACGUUUGACUUCGUUACUGGUCAAAUAAAUUCACAUCAUACAGUACUAGGAUACAGUCACGUAUCGACAGAGAAUAACCAGUUGGUGGUCUUUUAAUAAAUACUUGAAGGGUGAUCGGGUUAAUUUCGAUCACAGCAAUUUUUCUGCUCAGUGAACCGUGAUUUUGAAACGUAUUAAAAUGCGCCUGUAAGCCAGUAGAAAAAUGGUAGUGUUAGUCCUGUGAGACACUAGUGGAUGGGUACGUUUGUAUCUGACAGUUGAUGACACUGAAUGAAUUUGGUGUUAAAGAGGAGUUGAGUGUGUGUGAGGCGAGUCCCAUCUCUCUCCUUGGCCACGACAAGACCUGACCACAUCAACAAUAUUAUGCAGGAUCAACAUUGCUGAUGUUAUUUGCAUAUUUCCAUGUAAUUUUUACUGUUCCCAGAAUCUGCCGUGCAGGUUCUCUGUUGGAGAUGUUUUAUCUGAUUUUUAGAUCAUAUUUUUAUAUGCACUUUGCAUAGACACAGAUGAACAAUUAUAAUAUUAAUUGAUCAUCGUAAACUUAAAAAAAAUUAACCUUGACAGGAAGCAUUAUUUAUAGUGCACAAUUUUAGGUGAAAAAGUCUGAGCUGUCGACUCCCUGUCAGGCCACAAUUGUCAACACUGACAUGACCGAGAGCUGACAGUUCGAGCAAAAUAGUGAACUGACAUUUCAACCACACAGUCAUCAACGCUCAGCUACAAAUGUAAAACAGCUGAGGCCAAAUCAGUGCUUUUGGUCGUGUGUUUUGAUAUCAGAGGCAACUAUCUGAUCUGGUCAAAAAGAUUUUUUUUUGUAGUGUUACUGCUGCUGUACAGUUAACCAAGUUGCUUGUUUUUUCCUCACACUUGAUCGUAUACGCUUAAAUAUCUGGCGACCAUUUUUAGUGAUACAUUAAGGAGCAAGUCUUAAUAGUUUGUUCAGAGCGUGACAGUGUGAAUCCCGUCUGCCAAUAAACAUUAAUUACAUACAUUAAUAAUAAAUAAUAUCUACUUAAUUCCUAAACAGCUUUAUUAUUCGCAGAAUUAAUAUACUCCUCGUAAUUAAAUGGUAAUUAAUAAGGCUGUUACUACAUUUACAGUCCGGCCCUCAAUUUCUUUAAGCUAAAGAGCCUUGCGUGACAAAAUAUAUGCUGAAAUUAAAUAUUUUAGCAUAAACUAAGAAUGAACUUAAAUUAGGUACGUUCAAUUCAAUUUCAAUUGUUUAUUCCUUGAUAGAGGAAGCGGGAUCCUAGCGCUGUCACUAGGUACUGUUAGGUACGUUUUGUCACAAGUUGCUGUUCACUACGCAUGCGUACUGUGACCAAUUCAGCCUCGUGCGUAUAAUUCUUUAUUGUACAGCUCACACAGGCCACGGUAUACCUGGCUCUAGCGAAAAUAAAUUGAUAACCAGACCUGCAUCUAUAGUAACAUCCAAUUAUAUAUAUAAAAAAAUAAUAAUAUAAAUUUAAAGGUGAUAUAUUAGGGGGUAGUUUGUCGUACGUUAUUGUCUUUCCUCCACCUGGGGAUAAGAAAACACAUCAGGUUAUGGGAGAGCCUCGGUGAAAUUCCGAUGCAUUAUGUAUUGUUAUUUCUGCGUCGUACCGUAAAGCUGACAGUAACGAAGCCUAGACUGACGGUAACAAAGCCUAGACUGACGGUAACAAAGCCUAGACUGACGGUAACAAAGCCUAGACUGACGGUAACAAAGCCUAGACUGACGGUAAGAAAGCCUAGCCUGAUAAUAACGAAGCCAAGACGACAGCUGAUGACCAAAACGAAAUGUAAUCUUUGGGUAAGUGUUAACUACAUGGGCUUAGAUUACUUUGGUUAGAAUACAAUUAAUUAUUUUCCCAGGGAUUAAUUUAUGACGUCUAUGUAAUUAUUAUUUUCCCAGGAAUUUAAUUUAUGACGUGUAUGUAAUUAAUUAUUUUCCCAUGGAUUAAUUUAUGACGUCUAUGUAAUUAAUUAUUUUCCCAGGGAUUAAUUUAUGACGUCUAUGUAAUUUCUUGUAUUUUUACUAGAAUGUUGGACCUGUUUAGCUAUUUAUAAUCUCCAGUUACGGGGAAAGAUUAACGUACGGUACUUGGAGGAGCCAGUUAAUGUCCGGUGUACAUAUUCGCCUUAAAGUUAUAAUGUUAUUCCAUUAUGCCAUGUUGAUUUAUCACCAGUAAUUUAAUCCAUAAAUUAUUUAUUUGUUUUAUUAUUUUUAUUAAUUUUAUUAUUAUUAUUAUUAGUAUUAUUAUUAACAUUAAUAUUAUUAUUAUUAUAAACACAAUCCUCAUGUUCCCCCUGGCCACUAUACUAAUAGGCUGCAUUAUAUCAUCUCCAACAUUGGCACGAGUUAUAAAGGCAUAUCGUGAACUUGAAAACUUGGAAAUAUUUUUUUUUGUUAUCAAGAUAUUAGUAUAUAAGUGCUGUUAUAAUAUUGUUGGUUAUCAAAGGAGGAAAUACCUCCGUUAUUCCAGUGCUUAUCGAUAUGUAUAUUUUAUUAUUUGAGGUAAUGCUGCAGUAAUUUUUUGUAAUUUACCCCUAUUAUUAUUAUUAUUAUUAUUAUUAUUAUUAUUAUUAUUAUUAUUAUUAUUAUUAUUAUUAUUAUUAUUAUUGGACCUGUGGGGAAUAUGAGGAAAAGAAAAGAAACAAAUUAAUGAAAUAUUUGUACAGUAAUAAUAUUGAUUUCAUAAGUGCUGUACCCGACUUAAAGAUAUGAUCGGUCGGUCGGGAUUUUGUUUCAUACACUUUAGUUGUUUGGUUAUUUUUGAAAGUCCACAUUUUUAUCGUUUAGGUUUAUAUGUAAAAUAUGUUAUUCCACUAUUUUACUCUAUUUCUAAAAGUGUCCGCUCCAAGGCUAUUGUAAAAUAACUCAAAGAUAAGGACUUCGUAUUUUUUUAAGCGGAAUAAAACUUUUGGUAUCGGCCGUAGCCAAAAAAUAUAUAUAUACAGGUAUAUACGUAUGUAUAUGGGUGGGACGGGUUGCUUGGAAACACAUCUCAUGUUUUCGUUUGGCGUUACUAUAUUGUGUCAAGCUGGAAAUAGUGCCAUAAAAAGUGUAACACCCUUUUGCCAUGUCAUAAAUGUCACAUAUUGUACAGAACAUGAUGACGCCUCCUGUUACGGUGGGUGUGUUAGCGCUCCAAAUGAUGCCAUGUAAGCCUCUGUGCGCAUCUGGUUUCUUCUCCUAAAUACUAAGUUGAAGAGGAGGUUUACUGUAUCAAUAAUUCUUUUCAUUUCCUAGCCUCGGUGUAACAGUUGUGAAGAAAAAAUAGGGAUAUUAACUGUAAAUACACAGUAUAUUCUGAUCAUUGUAGGCGAUUACAUUUUGGGUUAUAUUUUGUUAGAAUAUCAGCAGGAUUACCUUGUGUUGCGUCGUGAUGUGACUCCCCUCAUGCCAUCUGCUUAUAGUACAGUAUUCUCAACAAAAUAUGAUUUAUAACAUUACAUAACAAAGCCUUUUGAAUUUACUGAGUGUUCUAAUUUUGCAAAUUAUAUAUAUAUAUAUAUAUAUAUAUAUAUAUAUAUAUAUAUAUAUAUAUAUAUAUAUAUAUAUAUAUAUAUAUAUAUAUAUAUAUAUAUACAGCAACUCCAUGGCACAUCAUCAGUAAACUGUUUGCUCACCUUUACAGCGUAAUAGCCGGUGCUAAUAAUUAAAAUAUUGAAAUAUUGACUUGUACUGUUAAAUAACAUUGCACACAUAUGUUCUCUGCACUAUUGUAUUAUUAUUAAUUCGUUCACCUAUGCACGGUCAUGUUGCAUAGCAUUUGCCUUUUUUUCGUGUUGGAUAUCGUAAAACUUACGCCUUUCAUUUUUUAUUAAUAUAAACAACGAAACUUACUAUGAAGAAAACAUUACAUUCAUAGAAGGCUUCAUUGUACACGUUAAAUUCUACUGCAAUGUAAAAAUAAAGUAUUUUAUAAGUACAGUACACCUGUACUGUACUGUAAAUAAUCGUUAACAAAAUUGACUAUAUGGUUCCUUUUACAUCAAAUAUCUUUAUUCGCUAUAAUGUAUAAUUCCAUACUUUUAUUGAUGCACUUUAUUCUCGAUAUCAGUUCUCACGUUGUUAGUGAUAAUAGUAUGGGAGAUAUCAAGAGUGUUUUGAUAUCAUAAGAGAAUGUUAGACAAAGGACGGAAACUGCUGCCGUCAAGUCCACAAUGUAAGAUCAUAUACAGUACUGCACUAAUUUAUUUACUGUAUCCACUAAUAUAACUAAAGACGCAUGUAUUUGCUAAUUGUUGCGUAAUAUUAACAUAAUAACAAGUUUAAAAACCUUAGUUGAAGCGUAAUAAUACCUCAUAAUACCUACAUAUCAUGUCUGAUUUAUUAACCAAAUGAAACGCUGAAAUAACUCUUCAUUUUCUUGUAUCUUUAGUGUUCUUUUCAUAAUCUAAUUGCCUGCUAAUUGACUUGAGCAUUUAUUCAGAAAGAUUAAACCUUGCAUGUCUUUCCCUAACGUACCAACGAUUAUUUAUAAACCGAACAGAUUCCUAACUUACCCUAAACAGUCUUAAUAUAAUUAACCUAACCUAUUAAAUAAAUUACUAACGCUUUAGCCUCGAUUCUCAAACUUAAUUUCAGUUGUCUCAUAAGAUGACAGAAUGUCCUUUGACUUACGUGAGCCAGUUAAAAGCGUUCGGAUAUCUCUAACAGUGAGAAAAGUGUAAGAAUAUAAUUUGCAUUUUUUAGUUCAAUGUAGACUGGACAGCGACCAUUUCCAGCCUUCUGCGUGGUGACUCCGACUUGUCUGAUGUCUGUUUAUAAAGGCAAUUCACUCCACGUACAUAUUAUACACUAUUUUUGCUGCCUUUGUCACUCCUGUUUAUAUAUAUAAUUAUAUAUAUAUAAAUAACAUUAAGCAGCCGCUGUGCGGUCAUGUCUAUGUGCACGUGUGUACAAAGCUGUAAAUAAUGCUAGUGUGUGUGUUACUGCUUUGCACUGAAAAUCUUCGUACAGCAGAAUAUUGUAUGUGGAAAUGUGUUUCAUGGGGAAGCUACGGUCAUGCCAUGGACUGUAUGUUGGUGAUAUGUUGGUAAUAUAUUAUUAUUAUUUAUAUUGGUACUACGAUUGUCAUUUCUAAAUCAUAAUACCCGUGCCCCUGUACAGCGAAAGUGUUUCAGUGGUAUAGAAACAUUUUGACCCUGUAGGUCUCGGUGAAAACAUACUAGAUUCUGUCGUGUCAGUAUUAUAAUUUUGUUUUACUUCUUCACAUUAUUCAUAUUCAUAUAGAACAACAAAUGCAUGAGACCAAUACUGCGAAGAGAUUCAUUCAUCAUGUGGUUCAGGAGAUAAUAUUAACUUAGUAAAUAUUGGUAUUGUAUUAAUUAUCAGCAUUAUAAAUGAUUGUUAUUCAAUGAGUAUUAUUUUCAAGUACUGUACUUAAACACGAAACGAUAAGGCUAAAACAAUGAAGUGGUAGAAAAUGUUUAACUUCGCAGGCUCUAGCCUACACCACCUAAUGCUACCAGGUAAACAAAAGUGACUGACCGUGACAUCCCGCUAAAUGGUCUAAUUUUUAAGAACAGUACCACGGAAAACAAAAAUUCAGGAGAUAGGAGCCAACUAAAUGUAAACUAACCCAAGCAAACGUACCCUGGGAUCGUAAAGUUAAGUUAAAGUCAUGUGCUUUCAUCUGACAAUCAUUAUGAACGUCACAUGAGAAGGUGCAUUAGUGGACAGUAUUAAGAAAAACUAAGUUAUAUCCCGUCAUACGUUUGUUAUCUUCCUUUGUGUAUUAUUAUAAGUGAACCCGUAGCCUUAUAUACCGUUGUGUAUUAAAUGUUGUUUAAAAGUGCAAGUCCAGCGAAGAAAUGUUUGAUGGCAUUUUCUCCCAACUUAGAACUGACAUAACACGGAUGUUUGUAAGUAUAACUCUACGUAUUUUACAUAUUGUGAUUGUAUCUAUUUCACAAUGAGUAAGUUUACUGAAUCUAUUUCUUUAUUUUAGGAUUUAGUCGAACACUCAUUAAAUAAGUAAAAUAAAAAUUCUGGCCAAAUAACAGCAACAAAAACAAAUGCUAGUAGUAUUGUGGCAAGGAUGCUGUGUGUGUCUUUGUUAAGGUAUUAUUGUCAUGGCUUGGACGGUAAAGGAUGUGUAGGCAAGGGUAUUUGAGAGAAAAAGCGAUUUUGGUGAACAUGAAUGACCUACGUUGCUAAUAUAAUUUGAAUCGGCUUCUGUGUAUCGUGUGGUUGGUGGCUUAGAAGGAAAAUUACGUAUAUUAAUGAGUGAAAAUGAAACAGUAGUGUAGUAGGAUAAAAUAGUUUUGUGAACGAAAGUACAGUGAUUAGAAUUAGUGUAGGGGAGAUAAAAACGUAAAAUAUCAACAAUGGAAACACGGUGAAGGCAGUAGGUGUUCCAAUUCCAAGUACAGUAUCUGAAUGUGAAUUGGUUGAGUAAUGGUACAAAAGAGGAUGAAAUUUAAUCAUACAGUGCCAGAGGGAGAGGGUCUCAAGUGUGCUGAUAAAGUAUAGAAAGAGAUAACUAUGUCAAAGGAGGCGAGAGUUGAUGAUGUAAAGUUUGGGAGAUACUGUACCCCUGUAUAAUCAUGUUAUUGUCACAGUACACGAGCCUCCAGCAUUCAUAUGUCGAAUCAAAUUUCUGUAAUCCUGUGCUAUAGUGGAUGCCAGUGAAGAUGCGUACCACUAAUAUUAAUCACCAAUAGUGUAAUAAUAUUGGUUUGUUAUAUAUGAAGAGUUAUACUUGCAAAAGGAAUCUCCUACACCUUUGAAAUCUGUUGGAUUCCGUCACCUUCCCGUCAGUUUUCCUCAUAAUAUCGCCUAUUUUCUAUAAUUACCUUGAAAUCAUCAUAUUAAUGCAGUAUAUUAUUCAGUGUUUGUAUUUUGGUUGGACUUGUUCUUUAUUGUACCUCGCUUGUGUUGUGCGUACUGUACGUGGAUUUAAAAAACAGCCUAAUGACCAUUUUGCUUGACGGCAAGAAUAUUGCUAGCUUUGUUAUUAUGUUAACAGUUCGUACAUAUUUUAUGCAGCAUGAACGUUAAGGCACUUGCUUCCAUCGAGUUUCCAUUUCUGCCCAACUUGGCAUAAUUUCAUCUUUUUUAUCAAAAUUUAAUAUAAAUUAAUUCUAAUCUAUUUUGGUUAAUGGUAACUUUUACUACGGUAUUCAAUAUGAUUUUCCUGUGUUUUUACUUCUGGAAAUUAAUUAUUCAUUGUAGGAUCCUAACCAACCUAUGUAGAAAGUUGAUGACCAUGUAACUUAAAGAACAGGGUAAAACACUGUAUUGUUUCAUAGAUGAUUGUCAAACUGGAGCCAUUGUAGAAUCCCCCUCUACGUGGAUUUUUGUAUUUCUCUAAUGAAUGUCCGUAUUUUGGGCUUCCUAACCUAUGUGACAACCUAACUCUUAUUGCGUAACAUAACUGCUGUACUGUAUUAGGGCAUGUAAUUUAACCUCACCUAAUAUAACCUAACCUUACUUAACAUAAAUUAACCUAACCUUUUUCAUAUAACCUAACUUAACCCAUGUAACCUAACCUAACCUAUUCUCACUUAACCCAUAUAAUCUAAAGUUGUCCAUAUAUUUUAACCUAACCAAUACAAUCAAAGCCAGAAGUUUUAACCUAACCUAGCCCAUAUAUCUUAACCUAACCUAACCUAACCUAAUAUAGUUGACUCACUCUACCCUAAUCUAUCCCAAAUAAGCUACGAUGCUAAGCUAACCUAUUCUAACCAAACACUCACGAUAGGGGAUUCUAUAAUUAUGUCCUCAUCAGCAAUCCAGUUAGUACACUCAAAGUAUGUACCAACUAUCUGUGCAGGUGGGGGGUCGAUAUGCUCCGAGAUUUUUCGUGGGAUGUGACUAGUGACAGGCCUCAUAUACCAAAAUUUAUCGUCCAUGUUCUCAUAUUGUUAACACACAAAGUAUGCACAGAUAGUUGUUUUAGCUACUGUGCAUCACGGAAAAAGUCAUGUCAGUCCCCGUCCCAUCCAUGAACCUUGAAACUCAUGAACCUCUUAAUCCGAGACAUCACACAGUGCACCAUCUAUGGGUUCAACGCUGUGUGGUGUCUCGGAUUCACAGGUUCAUGAGCCUCAGGGUUCAUGGAUGGGCGGAGGACCGACAGGACUUUUUUCGUGACUGUACAUAAGUUGUUACCAGGAUAUAUCGACCGCUUUACCUCACCAAGUUGUUAUCGGCAGCAUCAUUCAGCCUGUUCCCCUGGCUCAGUGUAUUUUAUAACAUGUUAAUACAGACGAGACAGCAAGAUGCCAUGAACCAGAGACCGGCAGUAAAUGGACUCUAAAUGUUCGACAGUGAAAAGAUGUUAUAAUGUAUUAGCGUGUUUCAACGACUGGUGUAUUCUACAAUAGACAAUAAUUUAUAAAUGGGGAAAGUCUUUUAAGAAGCGCGGACUGUACAUUUAAUAUUGACUGAUACAGUACAGGUUUAAGCUUAACCUAGUGUCGAAAAAGUCGAUAAUAUAAAUUAUAGUGUUCUUACCAUCUUAAGUAUGCGGAGAAAAUUUGGAAUGAAAAUACAUUGACUAUUGUCACUUUAGCGAAGGUUGAGAACUCAAUUUGAGCAGAACCUUGAGCUCUGCAGUACAGGUUUAGUCGAGCUAACAUUUUUGUGUAUUCUGCUUCAAUCCCUCUGCCUUUGAAACACAUAAAUACAUUAUAACAACAGCUUCAAUCACUACGGCGGUGUAACGGAACGAGAAUUUACCGUACAAUUGACCAUCGCGCUUAGAAAUCAUCACUUCACAUAAAGCUGUGGAUAUUUUCUCUCCACACUUAAAUUAAACACAUCACUGGUUGAAUCGCGUCACUACCACACGCAGAGUAAUUAUUACUGUCACCAGGCAUGGAAAAGUGUUGUUAUAUUACGUGAAGGUGUGAGAGCACUGCCCGUCAAGAACAUAUUUUUUUAUUUCUUGCAUGACCUAUUUAUAGCAGUGAUCCGAAUACAGCGACUUGAUAUUACUACAAUACUACUACUACUACUUUUUUACUACUACUACUACUACUUUCAGACCUAUUUUGUUACAAGCUUGAACUCCAUCGAUACAUCUUAGCCAAAUCUGCUACUUGCUCUUCAACCUGAUCUCCUUCAGGUCUUUGAUUGAACCCUAAAAUUUAUGUACAGUACUGCAAGUUUCAACCAAACUUACGAGCCAUAUUUAAAUCUACUGCAAGUUUUAGUGCGUCUACUGUACAAUUAAGUUUCGACCUUAUCUACUACAAGUUUUCAAAAUAAUCAAAUUUAAAUUUCAACCUAAUGUAAUGUAAGUUUCAAUCUAUUCUACAAGUUUCAACCUAAUGGACAAGCCUUUUUUUAUCUACUACAAAUUUCAGCUUUGGUUUACUACAAGUGUUAACUUAAUCUUCUAAAAGUCUUGGCUUGAAUCGCUACAAGUAUUAUCCUGAUCUACAAGUAUCAUAUGAUCUACUUCAAUCUUUGUCCAGCUUACCUACUACUGAACCUUUCAAUCUAGUCUAAUCUACACGUAUCAUCUUGAUCCGCUUCAAACUUCAUCUUGAUCUACAACAAGAUUCAGCCUCAUCUACUACAAGCUUUCUUCUUAUCUACAAGUAGUCGCUCUUUCUACAGUUUUGGCCUAAUCUACUGCAAGUCUCUUAUCUAAUUGUUACUACAAACUUUAACUCAAUCUACCCCAAGUAUUAGUUCAAUCUACAAGCUUCAGAUGUGACUUCCUUGGUCACUGACUAGAGACUCUUAAACAAUAUUAUGUACUGGGUAAUGUUGAUACUAUUGUCAUAUUUAUAAUGUACUGUAUAUAUAUUAACUUACCAUUGGCCAACACCGGUAGUUUCAAGGGUGAGGAAAGAUGCAUUUGGCGUUGCGGGGGAAGAGUGCCGAAAUGACGUCUGGGUGUUGCAUUUACGUCAGCGCGGGUGAUUGAGUAUAACGCCAGGCCUUGUUGAACAGCCUGUACUGGUCUUGCUUGAUUUGGAGAAUAAAUAAAACCGAACUUAUCAACAAAUUACCUAUAUAAUCGUUACUGCGUUUGGACUUUUUUUUUUGUUAGUUUGUUUCAGAGAUUUGAAUUGAUGAGAUGGGGAAAUUUCGCAUUGAAUGUUGUGAGGUCUUCUGCAUUUUUAGUAUUUUUGUAUAUGGCGUCCACUUUUAACAGCUGGCGGAUCUCUGUUUCAUCAUUUCCGAGUUUUAGAAUAUUGUUAACACUGCCUUGGUUCUCAGUAAUUAAGUUUCUUGAUGUUUGGAAACUUGGUGAAUAUAGUUUUGUUUAAAAUUAUAGUUAAGUAUUUACAUUGAAGUCUCAAGACUUAAAUAAUCUCUUAAGUCACCAAAUAAUCCCUGAAGAAAACUUGAAAACUUAUAUUUCAUUAUGAUUACUAUUAUUAUUAGUGAUUAAAAAGCGCAACACUAAUUAUUGUUGAACAAGCACUUAGAAAUGUCUGCGAAGCCUAUUGUUACUCCAAGCUUAUUUAAUUUUUUUUUAUUUCUGUCGGGCAUAAUUAAGUUACAGUAAAGGGAUUGAUAGAUAAAGGGUUAUAUUGUUAACGUAAGCUUUUUUUUUUUAGAAUGUGGAUAAUGGAUAAUAAAGAUUCGUUUUUGAUAAGUUACAAUCUGGGGUUUAUUCAGGUUUUACACACACACACACACGGCCAACCCAUGCUAGAAUAGGUGUAGUAUAGAUGAAACAGAAAUCUGACAGCAGUUAAAACAAAAUAAAAUAAAAAGGUGGACUGAAUCGUUAUCUUUUUACACACGAUAUCUUAUAAAUAAUAAAAAUCUCGACACUAUUACCGCUUCUUGUGUAAUAAGGAUUUUUAUACUGCCAUUUUUUGCCAUUUUAUUACAGCAGGAACCCGGUGUCACGGAAUGUAAUAGUUCCUCCGGGGAAAUUUUUGUUUAUCCUAUUCUAACCAAACCUAACUUUGAUCUAAAUUGUUUAUAAUUUGUAAACUAACUUAAUCUAAUCUCUCCUAGUCUAAAUCAACCAACUAAACCUAAGCUAACCUAACCUAACUUAACCAAUCUUAACCAAAGUCACGGUAUAUUAGUUUAAUAUUCACAUUAUAACCACUAGAGGUUAGGGUACAUUAUGUCCGUUUACAAAUCACGAACAAAACUUUAAAAUAGAAGCCUAGCGCACUAAAACAUAAACAAACUCGCCGUGAUAUAUGUUAUUUUUCGUGGAGGAUCUACUACACCCCUUGACACCCAGCCAUUUACUUAGUACACUUGUAGUGCUCUUUGUUGACAGGAGAAAACAAUGUGUGCUUUAUUGACUGUACAAAUAAUUCCAUGGAAGCACAAAAUGUUCUGAACUCCCGUGUUCCUCAGAGAAUAAAUAAAAAAAUAGGCCUCUGUAAC